UUAUAUAUACAAGAGUAGUGUGCAAGGCAAAGGUGGAUAACACUAAAAAAUUAUCAUCUGUCAGUAUAUUCUGGAUUAUUGCAUUCUCUUCUAACCGUUGACUUCAAUUUCUUUGAUGGCAUCUGCGUCUUCUUCUUCGUCUUUCUCAAAGUUCAGAAUCGAAGGCGACGUGUUCAUCCAUUGUUUGGGAUACGACAUCCGUCGGAAUUUCGUUUCUCAUCUCAGUUCUGCCCUUUUGCAGGCUGGAGUAAAACCUUGCCUCCUUGCCGUGGAAAUGCAGCAGGAACAAUUUGUAGCAUCAAUUGAAGGGUUUCAGAUUGGAAUAGUUGUUCUCAACAAGUCAUACUUUGAAUCUUUUCAAUGUGUUGAUGAACUUGUGAGAAUCAUUGAAUGUCACGAAACUCACGGCCUAACCGUUAUGCCCGUGUUUUACGAAAUGGAUCGAUCCGAUUUUGGUAAUAUGUUGAAAGCAACUGCAAGAGAGGUCAUGAAAGUUGAACACAUAAUUUGGUCAGGGGAAUAUCAGAAAACAUGGUUCCAGAGGUGGAAUGUGGCACUCACCAAAGCUGGAACUUUGCCUACUUGGGAGGAGAGCGAACACAGGAGUGAUGCUGAACUAGUGGAGAAAAUUGUUAAGUCUGUUCUCGCCAAACUAGACUGCCCAUUGGCUAUAACUAAAUUUCCUAUUGGGUUAGAACCCCACGUGAAAAAUGUGAUUGGAUUCUUUGAAAAUCAACCCACCAAAGUUUGUAUGAUAGGGAUAUGGGGAAUGGGAGGAUCGGGUAAAACUACCGUAGCCAAAGCUAUCUACAAUCAGAUUCCUUAUGCAUUUGAUGAUAAAAGUUUCAUUCAAGGUAUUAGAGAAGUAUGUGAAACGGAUGACAGAGGCCUUGUUCAUUUACAAGAAAAACUUCCUUCAGAUGCCCUAGAAACAAAUGUUAAAAUAGAGAGUGGUGAGAUGAAAAAAAUUUCGUUCGAGGACAGACUUUCUGGAAAAAAGUUGUUCAUUGUGCUUGACGAUGUGAAUGAGAUAGAUCAACUAAAAGACCUACUUGGAAAUGAUAAACGGUUUGGUCAAGGAAGUGUAAUAAUCAUUACAACUAGAAAUUUAGAGCUGCUUUAUCAACUUAAUGUUGAUUAUGUUUACGAGAUGGACACAAUGGACGAAAAUGACUCCGUUGAGCUUUUUAAUUGGCAUGCUUUUGGAGAAGCAAAACCAAGAGAAGACUUCAUUAAACUUGCAAGAUCUGCAGUUUCUUAUUGUGGUGGACUACCACUCGCUCUUGAAGUCCUUGGUUCUUAUUUAAGUAAGAGGUCAGUGAAUGAAUGGAGAAGUGUAUUGUCGAAACUAGAACUAAUUCCCAAUACUCAAGUUCAGAACAUACUAAGAACAAGCUUUGACGGCUUAUGUCUAAUGGAAAAGGAUAUAUUUCUUGAUGUAUGUUGUUUUUUUAUUGGUAAAGACAGAGACUAUGUUACAGAAAUACUAAAGGGUUGUGGACUACAUGCUGAUAUUGGAAUAAAAGUUCUCAUAGAACGUGGUCUUAUAAAAAUUGAAAAGAACAAUGAACUUGGAAUGCAUCCUUUGCUCCGGGAUAUGGGACGAGAGAUUGUGCGUCAAACUUCAACAAUUCAACCUGGGAAGCGCAGAAGAUUGUGGCUUCACAAGGAUGUACUUGAUGUAUUGACAAAGAAUACUGGGACCGAAGCUAUCGAGGGAUUGUCUCUGAACUGUCAGUUUACAAGCAGUGAUUUCGAUUUCGUCAAAGCUUGUGCUUUUGAGAAAAUGAAGAGGUUGAGAUUCUUGCAACUUGAUCAUGUACAAGUGAAUGGAGAUUAUGGGUAUCUUUCUAAGCAAUUGAGAUGGAUCUAUUGGCAAGGAUUUCCUUUAGAAUACAUACCUAUCAACUUUUAUCUGAAAAAAGCAAUUGUGAUUGAUUUCCAACGCAGUAAUCUUACACUAAUGUGGAGAGAACCCCAGGUGUUGCGGUGGCUGAAAAUCCUCAAUCUUAGUUAUUCCAUGUUCUUAAUUGAAACUCCCGACUUUUCAAAACUACGAAGUCUUGAAAAGCUCAUUGUCAAACAUUGUCCAAGAUUGCGCAAUGUGCACCAAUCCAUUGGAGAUCUCCGCAAACUUGUGCUAAUAAAUUUGAAAGGCUGUACAAAGCUACGCAAUCUUCCAACUGAGACAUAUAAGUUGAAAUCUUUGAAAACUCUCAUCCUGUCUGGUUGUUUGAAGAUUCACAUAUAUGAAAAAGAUAUAUUGUGUAUGGGAUCAUUGACAACUCUAAUUUCUGAAAAUACUGCUGUGAAACAAGUUCCCUUUUCAAUAGUAAGCUCAAAAAGCAUUGGACAUAUACUUCUGGGAGGAAAUAAUGGAUUAUCAUUUACUGUUUUUCAAUCUAUCAUUUCGUCUUGGAUAUCACCUAAAAUUAAUUUCUUGUCUGGUAUUCGUCCGUUUCGGGGCAUAUCUUCAUCUCUAGUUUCCAUGAGUAUGGAAGAUAAUGAUUUGGGUGAUCUAGCACCAAUCCUUAGCAGCGAUUUAAAUAUUCUUAAUGUUUUGGUGCAAUGUGACGUGGAGUUUCAAAGAUACCAACAAGUAAUGGCAAUUUUGGAUGAGAUACGAGGUCUAAACUUGACUGAAUUUGAAAUAAGACCAUCUACACCAGAAACUUCAAAGCAUCCUUUAAGACCUUAUUUGAUUGAAUUCGGAAGUUACCAAGAAGAAGUCUUCGAUAUUCUCAGCAAGAGCAUAUUUGAGGGAUCAGAAAACAGUGCAUCUUGUGAUGUUUUUCUCCCUGGCAACAAAAUACCUUAUUGGUUAGAGCAUAUGGGCGAGGGACAUUCAGUAACUUUUACUAUACCUGAGGGUCGUCGCAUAAAGGGGAUGACUUUGUGUGCUGUAAAUUUAUAUAACCCCAGACACAUUGCAACAACUGAAUAUCUUAUUAGUAUCUUAAUGGUUAAUUAUACUAAGUGCACAAUCCAGAUAUACAGGAGAAGGACAGUACAGUCCUUUAGUGAUGUAGAUUGGCAGGGCAUAAUAACAAAUUUGGGACCUGGAGACAAGGUGGAGAUUUUUGUGAUUUUUGGAGAUAAAUUCCUAGUGAAGAAGACAGCUGUCUAUCUAAUGUGUGAUGGAUUAAUUGACAAGGAAAUGAAUCCUUCUCUUGAUCCAAAGAAUAUUGAUUAAUACCUGAAAUUUUGAUAGGUGACCUCUUGCGGCUGCGGGAAUCACUAUAGCCCCAAAUAUAAAGAUGUUAUUAAAGUGUAUGAACAUAGAUGGUUGCUGAGUAUAACUAAUUUGUUGUAACAUUUCCUGUUUGAACUAAUAAGAACCUUGAAGAGUAACAAAAUAUAGCUUAUAAACCCCAACUAGAUUCUCAUAUUUCUAGUGUGGAACGCAAAUUCCUUUGUUGCAA